CUGGCUGGGGAGGCAUCGUCUCGGUCUCGCACAAAACGUUUGAACCGCAUGAUGUCAAUCUUUUCCAUGUGGGAUAUAUGCACCUACACAAGGCAUCUGGUCUUUCAAUACAGGGAUCUACAUCACAAAACGCAAUAAACAACAUAUUAAUGGAGCACGUAGUAGGUGCUAGAUCUGGAGUAGAGUACUUUGAUUUGCAAGGUUCGCAACCUACCACUUUACAGGGAGUAACAUUGUUCAAUUCUGAUACCAGAAACGGUGUUGGAAUCGAUGUUAAAGGAUUCGACUCACUAUCGUGGUGGGAACUUGAAGCAUAUGCUGGAAGCCAACUUGUUUCUUUGCGAAAAAUGUGCUCAUUGACGACAGAUCUUCUCCUUUCGGAAGGACCGUCAAGGUGGAUCAUAAACGGCAUCAGGAAAAACGCGAGGCUUCGAUGUCAUAAGACUGUGAGGGCCCCGGAAGGCUAUUUAGUUCGUCUUGUGGUAACAAAGAGUAGCUUUAGCCAGCCAUCAUCGAGAAAUUUUCUGGGUAUCUACGAUUCUCACCAACAAGAUGAAAACUUCAAAGUUGGGUCAGUGGAUUUCUCCUACCAAGUCAGCUCUUCUGGAACUCCACUAGUAUUCACAUCAACUACACCUGUCAUGACGUUAUCUUUAAUUGCUUCUACUUCGCAGAAUGCGCUAUUUGUGGCAAGAUUAGAUGUAAUGAGACCAGGCAGCAACACGACCGACUUUGGCAAUACGAAAACACUCCCUAUGUCAGACUGUAUCGUAGAGAACUUUGACAAAGGUCUGUCUUUGUCAAAUGUAGUUGGGAGCGAAUUGACAGUAGACUCAACGGUCUUUAAAAACAAUGAUUUUAGCGUAACUAUAACAUCAUCAAGUGGCGACUUCAAAAUGCACAAUAUAUCUGUUGUGGAUAAUAAUUACGGGAUAAGAGCCUUAAGCAUAGUUGGUACCAUUAGCUUGAACAAUUCACUAAUCCAAUCCAAUUACGUCCAUGGCUUAUUUUUGUACAACAUUCAAGGAAAGGUUUCAAUAACAGACGUGGCUGUGAUAGAAAAUGGACGAUCUGUUUACAGUAGUAUCAUCAAUGACUAUGGAGUACGAAUACAACAUACAAUCUCUCAACACGGCUCCUACUACCUUUCAAACAUAACAUGCAGGGAUAAUCCAUGGUAUGGCAUUGAUCUGGACCUGUCCUCUGACACAGAGGUGGAGAUUUACGACAGUUACAUUAAAGAAAAUGGAAGAGGAGGAAUACGUAUGUACUCAAGAGAAGUCCAGUCGGAUCAACACUCUAUUGUGAGUAUACAAAACAGCACCAUCACAAGAAAUGGACGGUUUGCACUGCAGGUGACAGGCAGGCUAAGGACACUAAAUUUCGUAGGCAAUACAAUAUCUGCAAACAGAUGUCCGUAUCAACCGGCGAUGACAAUAGAGGGCCAAGCACAAAAUCUCAGUUUUACGUCUAAUACAGUAAUCAACAAUAACGCCAGGGAAGCUCUAUCGCUCGCUAUGACCGGUUUUCUGCAGUACGGAAUACCUUCUGAAAUCAAAAUUGAAAGAAACAGGUUUGAAGCGAAUUUCUUUGAUCCAUCAAUGAGUGACGAAAAUCAGUAUGAACAACAUCCUGACAACACGUCCUGUACCAUUGAGAUCGGCGGAUACAAACAAAGCAUCCAAAUGCACAGCAAUAUUUUGGAUGAUCAAGACAUGGACUAUACUGUUUGCAGUAGAGUUUACUCAGGUACCUCUGAUUGGACUAUCAGAGCAAGUUACAAUUGGUGGGGAACUGCGGUUGAAACUGAGAUUCAAGGAAAAAUUCAUGACUUUGACGACUGGAACGACCGCGCGGCUGUGGAUUACUUCCCGUACCUGACAGGACCUGACCUAUCCUCACCACCCGCUGAUCCCUCUAACCGGGAUGUUACCAUGGCAACUGACAACAUCGGAGGGAGGCUGUAUAAUUUACUCCAUCUUCAAAAGGAUGGAGGUCCCUACACCAUCAAAGCAGAUUUAACUGUGUUAAAAAACGCAUCACUUACCAUAGACCCAGGGACUACUAUCAAGGUACACCCAUGCGUUGGUCUGUUGAAUCUAGGUUCUCUCGUUGCACAAGGAACACGUUCAGAACCAAUCAUUUUUGAGCUUGCGGACGUGCCCGUUCAUCAGCCCCAGGUCCGGCUGGUGGGAGGGCGGUACCCUUGGGAAGGCCGUGUGGAGGUGUUCUAUAAUGGAGAAUGGGGUAGUGUAUGUGGGAGGCACUACUGGGACUCACAAGAUGCAAAUGUCGUCUGCCGUGAGCUAGGAUACGGCUCAUCCACAGUCUAUAGCACGUACUCCUUUGGACAAGGAUCGGGACCUAUAUGGAUCGGUUAUUACACCAGUAGGCCAGACUGCACUGGGAAUGAGAUGAGUGUAUUUAACUGUCUUCGUGGCCCACCUGGUAAUGUGGACUCCAGAUGCACGCACAGUUACGAUGUUGGAAUAAGAUGCAACAUGGAUACUUGGGUGUCCCCUCGGCCAACAUGCAUAAUGAAAAAAUGGGGAGGGAUCACAUCCAAAUCUGCAACCACGGAGGUCCUUACAAACUUGAAGUUCAGCAACACAGGCAAUCUGCACAGGCGUUCACACGCAGCAAUAUUAAUCCAAAAAGUGCAUGGUACUACAGAUAUUUCCAGCAUUGAAAUAUCUGAGUGUGUGGGGACCGGGAUACAACUACUAGGAAUGAAUACCACACAGAGCGUUACAAAUGUGAACAUUUCUGGUUGUGACGGAUAUGCGGGUGUCUCUAUCACAGGCAGAAAGUCGAGUGUUAUGUCAUCAACAAAAGUACGUAUCACAGACAGUGUCUUUACAGCAGGGUCAUUUGAACUCACACCGCACAGUAUUACAAACUGUUUGGCUAAUCCUGGAUCGAUCAUCAGGCUCUGUGGCGGGGAUUCCGAUCUCCAUCUCAAGAAUGACAUGUGUUUCGUACAUGUGGAGACAGAAAGGACCAGCUCAACAUGUUAUAAACAUCUGUACGCAGGUGUGGGUUUCACGGUUGAACUCACGGUCUCAUUCGUUCAGUUCCAAUCCUACUCUUCGAGAUUACGGGUCUUUGCUGACGGCAGCCACACUCAACAGAUUGGACAUGUUACUCGAUCGGAUAACGGCAAAACGUACAUCCGGUUUGUCUCCCAGACGAUGAUGAGUCUUCAGUACAUAAGUUACUACUGGGAUAGCAACGAGAUAUUCGGAGAGGUCAGUUUCUAUAACGUGAGAGAUGUUGCAGAUCCAACUAAGUACAUCAUCGAGACCAGCACGGUGGAUAGCACCAGAGGCACAGUUAUUAACGUCACCACGGCAAAUGGCGAAAUCUAUGAUAUCCAACGUAACAUGUUUAUGCAUAAUCAACCACGUAAUAACGACAACAAGCAAGCUGUGAUCAGUUGCUGUCCAAUGGACUCCUACAUCGGUUUAAGAAACAAUUACAUUGCUAACAACUUGAUGACAAGCCUAUCUCUUGACCUGACAAACCAGAAAGGUGGAAACAUAACAGUUCUGGGCAACCGUUUCUUCAGAAACUCUGGAAAGUCUACUAUAAUUGUGACAGGAGACAGCUUCAGUACGACACAGCAACCCAUAUUGAUAGACAGGAACGUCUUCUACAGCAAUGAUGUCGGUUCCAAUGGAAAUGUUGUAAAGUUCGAAAAUGUGGAUGGGCAACUGAGCAACAACGUUUUCUUUAACAACUCGGGGAAACAUGUUGUAACCUGGGAAGGACGAAGUAGAACAAAUAGUCUGCAGAGAUGUGAGAACAAUCUAUUCUACGACAACAUCGGACUAACUCCAGGGGAGAAGCACACCCUGAUUGUCUCGGGCCGAGAUGUCCAACUGCACGACAACGUCCUCACCAAUCCAGCGAACGACGCUGAGUUAGCAACACCAAACAUAACCGGGUAUGACUCUGUAAAUGCUACCCUUAACUGGUGGGGAUUCAACUCUACGUCUGACAUUUCCUCAAGAAUUAGAGACAAAAACGACAGAGGGGACUGGGCAGAGGUACACUUUCAACCAUGGAUACAGGAGGAACCAACUGAUGGUCCCUGCGGUUUGGGAUGGACCUACAGCCAGACGUUCAGCGCCUGUUACAGGUACAUGGGCGGAGCACUGUCUUGGGGCGGCGCUGUACAGUCCUGCAAGGCUCAGUAUUCUGUACUAUCCAAGAGGUUUGAUGGUCCAGAAAGAGAUUUCAUCGACAGCUCGCUGAUCGCACGAAAAGUAGACUUCGUACCAGAUGUGCCUGUCUGGAUGGACAACGAAAUGCAGGGGCAGGAAAAUGCAACGGUGAACUGUAAAGUAUAUCUUCGGGACUCCCAAGAAGCUGUUCAGGGUGUAUCGUGUAACUCAUUCUUCCCAUACAUCUGCAAGAGACCUGUUGUUGAUGACUGCCCUAACUACUGCUCUCAUCACGGACGUUGUGAAGGAGAAACCUGCAUCUGUGGGCGAGGCUGGGAGGGAGAGGACUGUUCUAAAUUCACCUGUAAAGACAGGAAUUUCUGUGGAGAGUUUGGCACCUGCGUAGGACCGAAUAUCUGCAGGUGCCGAAAUGGAUGGCAGGGGCGAGCAUGCACCGUCAGCUACUGCAACAGGUUCACCAACUGCAGAACCUGUACCCGGGAGGUUGGAUGUGGAUGGUGUGAAGAAAGACAGAGUUGUGAUUCCGGGCUGUACAGAGGACCGGACGUAUCACCAUGUAUGACGUCGUGGUUCUACAACAGCUGUUUCACUGUGGGGAAAAGGGACAAAUGCUCCAGCCAAAUAGAGGUUCUUGACUGUGAGCAAUGGCAAUGCAACCCCUCCCUGCCCACAACUACCGUGGAAUCAUGUCUAAGAUGUCAAGAUGUAGAAAACUGCUUUAAGGAAUUGGACAUGCUGGAUUACAGUGACUUCAGCCAGGAGGUUCAGCUGGAGAUGGCCGUGGACAUGAAGAGGAACGAGGGAGCUCCUGAACUGUCUGAGGUGGAAAGGGUGCUGAGUGGCAAUGGGACGCUUGAUGGUAACACUGUUCGUGUCAUCACGGAAGAUGCCCCUGUUUACAAGUGUAUUGGAUCCCGGGCUAUGAAUAAAGGAGAGGGCAGCUACCAUCUGCUGAUGAGAGACAUCCCUGACAACCUGUCAGUUGGUGACGUCAUUGUUAGUAACCAUAGCAACGGGAUACUGGAGCAGGUUAUCCAGCAGACAUCAACACCGCUUGGUGUCUUCAUACAAACUCAGCUGCAGGACUGCUUCACAACUUUUAACUUCCGAAAGGAACUGAUGACGACGGACGGAGUAACCCUUCCUGCUUCCCUGCCGUGUUCGGGCGGACCGGAGGGCGCACACGGACUGCUCAUCGUGGACUCUGCGGGAAGAGAAGUGGACCUGGAGACUGGCGACGUGGUGGUGGGGAGAAGGAGUGGCAGGCUGCUGGCAAAAUUUCCAUGA